UUAUAAGGGUUCGUGACGGAGUGAAUCAAAACUCCGAUAAAAAGCUGUUGUCUUCCUCCUCAUCAGAAGUCUUCCUUCCUCAACCGUCACCGUCUUAGAGAGAGAUUGAGAGAGAUGUCGGACGAAGAACAUCAGUUCGAGGCGAAGGGCGAUGCAGGGGCCUCCAAGACCUACCCACAGCAGGCUGGGACGAUCCGCAAGAACGGAUACAUAGUCAUCAAGAACAGGCCAUGCAAGGUUGUGGAGGUGUCUACCUCAAAAACAGGCAAGCAUGGGCAUGCAAAGUGCCACUUUGUGGGAAUUGAUAUUUUCAAUGGAAAGAAGCUUGAGGAUAUUGUUCCUUCAUCUCACAACUGUGAUGUUCCCCAUGUUAAUCGUACUGACUAUCAGCUGAUAGAUAUCUCUGAAGACGGCUUUGUGAGUCUGUUAACUGAAAAUGGAAACACCAAGGAUGACCUGAGGCUUCCCACCGAUGACAAUCUGCUUACGCAGAUUAAAGAUGGGUUUGCUGAAGGAAAAGACCUCGUGGUGUCUGUCAUGUCUGCAAUGGGAGAAGAGCAGAUCAACGCUCUCAAGGACAUUGGUCCUAGAAAUUAGAUAUUUGGCCAUGGCAGUGCUAAUGCUAUGGGCUAUGGGCGUGCAACAAACUUCUAUUAAUAUGUCCGUUUAGUUAUGUAACUAAGACUCGCUGUAUGAUGCGAGAGGGAGAAUGAAAUGAAGAGACGAGCAAUGCUGAUCCCCUUUAAAGGCACCAUGCUUUUAAAGCAGGACUGUAAUUAUCUAUUUUAUAUCAA